AUGAAAUUCACGACAGCUUUCCUCUUUGCCGCAACAGCCUGGGGUGCUCAACACCACCACCGACGAGAUACCACAAAUAACGGCAUCAACCUUAGUGCAAUCACGAGCGCACUUGAGAAUCUAAUGGCCAACCAAACAGCCAGCGCGAAUUUCGCCAACAUCUCGCCGCCGCCCAAGUCGCUCAUCCCCGAGAUCCUGUCAGUCGUGCCCGUAUCCGUCAUCUGGGAACUCAUCAACCCAGCGGAGCGCAGUUCCCUCGCCAGCCAAUUCAAGGCCGGUACUACCCCAGCCUGGUACAGCGCUCUCCCAUCGGAUGUGCAAAGCUACAUGUCGGUGGUCAAGUCGCAGAUCUCGGCGGGGGCAUUGACAGCCACAACGUCUGAGAUCAACGCUGUGGCAAAUACAGGGACUGCAGCGACUGUUACAGCAACAGCCUCUGUGACCGGUGCCACUGCUGGAGGAUUGGCAAGCUCGACUUCGUCGAAGGGUGCGGCUGCACAGCCCACGGGCCUGACCGUGUCGGCGUUGGGGGCGCUGGGUGUGCUUGGACUGGCACUAGCUCUGUGA